AUGCUUGUACGAAAUUGGAGAGAGAAUGAAAUCAUCCGAACCCUAAUAGGCUUAAACACUGUUUGGAUUGAACUGUAUCGGGAAAAGCUGUGGUCUGAUGGCAGCACCUCUCUGUUUCGAUACUGGGCAAAUGGCGAGCCCAACGAUCUACUUUAUGAUCAGUGUGUUGCUGGAUCAUUUGGUGACUCUGGAAGAUGGUCAGAUGAAAGUUGCAGCCUCAAUUUGCCAUUCGUCUGCUACCAACAGAUUCCUACAAAUGUUGAUGGCUUGAGAGCAUCAAGUCAAGAUGAGAGCAGCAUCACUCUGCAGUGGAAUAAAAUCAACAACAGCACCAGCUUUGUUCUCCAGUUUAAUGGAUCAGAGACAAACAUCAGACCACCAGAUGGAGAUGGACCAGUGAACCACACAGUUUCAUCUCUCACUGCUGGAACCAGAUACACAUUCACUCUCUUCUCUGUGUUUGAGAGCAUCAGAAGCAGUGGAGUCAGCAUYGCUGCAGUGACUGCUCCUGAAAAUGCAGAGGGCUUCAGAGCAUCAGAACAAAAUGAGAGCAGCAUCACUCUGCAGUGGAAUAAAGGAGACAACAGCACCAGCUUUGUUCUCCAGUUUAAYGGCACAGAGACAAACAUCAGUUCACCAGAUGGAGACGGACCAGUGACACAUACAGUCACAUCUCUCACUGCUGGAACCAGAUAUACAUUCAUACUGUACCGUGUGUUUAUGAAUGUUAGAAGCAGUGCUGUAAACAUCACCAUUGCUACUGCUCCUACAAAUGUUGAAGGCUUCAGAAAAUCAGAUCAAGAUGAGAGCAGCAUCACUCUGCAGUGGAAUAAAAUCAACAACAGCAGCAGCUUUGUUCUCCAGUUUAAUGGAUCAGAGACAUUCAUCAGAGCACCAGAUGGAGACGGACCAGUGAACYACACAGUUUCAUCUCUCACUGCUGGAACCAGAUAUACAUUCACUCUCUUCUCUGUGUUUGAGAACGUCAGAAGCAGUGGAGUACAAUUUGAAGCUGUUACUGGUAAGGAUUUUAAGAUAAUCCCUAAGUGA